AUGUCCCUAGAUUAGCUAGAGCAGUGAGGUGACUUAAGUUACUAAUAACCAGUCAAUGUUUUCCUUCUAGGCAAUUCUAGGAGAUUGGACUGUUGUAAAUUCUGAUGGGAACUUCUGGUCCCUUUCAGAAUCAGCAAGGCAUCCUGUAGAAGAAUUUCUCUGCAGUAGCUGUGAAAUUGAACUGCAGUUUAAUACCUACUGUCUUUUAAUGACAGUGGAGUAUCCAGAACAGCAGAAGAAAGGAAGCAAGUUCUAAAUAUAGUUCUUAAGCAGGGCAGUAAAAGUGACAGUAAUUCCUUUGCCUCCGAUAAGAAGAUUGAGGUAAUACAGCUGCAGAACAAAGCCACGGAAAAUGGCUGCUGUCUUGUGUGGAUAAACCCGAAGAUAAGAAAUUAUACAGCAUAUUCUGUUCCAGUUCGGCUUCUGGUUUUAUGCAGCUCAGAUGAUCCACUCAGAGAAACGUGCAGAAACUCCAAGGAUGAGGGAGAAGAUGGAGAAAGCUGCAGUGUUGCGUAGCCAUGAAAAUGGUUUAUCGCAUGUUCUGUCUCUGGUCCUGCAUGAACUGAGUCUGUUCUAUAAGAGGGAUGUCAAUGGGGUCGGUGUCUUGUAUGACCUGCUGAGAUCUCCGUGGCUUCAGGCUCUCUUGAAGGUUUAUGAAUGUCUUCAUCUGUAUAUCAAAAGAAGACCAGUUCCACUCACACCACAGGCACGACCGCUGACCCAUGAGGUGGUGGAGUUGUUGCGUGGAGUCCAACAGUCUCCAGAGGUUAAAGAGCUACGGCGACUUCUCCGAGGACCACACUUCAAGGCCUUACUAUCUGCUCAUGAUACGGUGGCCCAGAAGGACUAUGAACCAAUCCUCCCACCUCUGCCAGAUAACAUCCCUGAAAAUGAGGAGGCAAUGAGAAUAGUCUGCCUAGUGAAAAACAAGCAGCCCCUUGGUGCCACUAUUAAACGUCAUGAGCUAACAGGAGAUAUUACCGUGGCAAGAGUAAUCCAUGGUGGAUUGGCAGAUAGAAGUGGGCUGUUAUAUGCUGGAGACAAACUGGUCGAGGUGAACAGAGUUCCAGUGGAAGGCUUGGAGCCAGAGCAAGUAAUCCACAUUCUGGCACUGUCACAGGGAACUAUUAUGUUCAAGCUGAUUCCAGUUUCUGAUCGGCCAGUCAGCAAUCAAACGACGCUCUAUGUGCGAGCGAUGGCAGAUUACUGGCCCCUUCAGGACCCCGCCAUUCCAUGUGCUGACGCAGGACUGCCGUUUAAAAAGGGAGACAUUCUUCAGAUUGUGGACCAGAACGAUGCCCUGUGGUGGCAGGCGAGGAAAGUUUCUGACCUCAGUGCCUGUGCUGGGCUCAUCCCCUCGAACCACCUUCUGAAGAGGAAGCAGCGAGAGUUCUGGUGGUCUCAGCCCUUGCAACCCCACACCUGCCUCAAAUCAACCAUACUAAGUACUGUGGAAGAAGAGGAAGACAUGCAGAUUGAUGAGAAGUGCGUAGAAACAGACGAGGAGACUUUUGAGUCUGAGGAGCUUAAAGAAGAAGAGGAAGAAUUCAGUGGAACUGGCAAGCGGGUCUUCAUUACCGGUUUCCGGAGAAGUAUGCGCCUGUGCCGCAGGAAAUGUCGGAACAGCCACCUGCCAUGCUACACCCGGUGCCCUAGCGGCUGCUACAGUGCCGCAGCAGCACCUUAUGAAGAGGUGGUGAGGUACCAGAGGCAGCCUGGCGACCGAAGCAGAUUAAUUGUGCUAGUAGGUCCUUCAGGUGUUGGAGUGAAUGAGCUACGACGGCGGCUUAUUGGUAUAAACCCUCAUCACUUUCAAAGUGCCGUGCCACACACAACUCGUGCUCAAAAGAGCUAUGAAGAGAAUGGCCGAGAGUACCACUAUGUGUUGAAAGAAACCUUUGAAAAUAUGGUAUACGGUCACAGAAUGAUGGAGUAUGGAGAGUACAAGGGGAAUCUCUAUGGCACGAGCAUUGAUGCUGUACGCGCAGUGCUUGAUGAAGGGAAGAUCUGUAUAGUGGACUUAGAGCCUCAGAGUAUUCAGCUGGCUCGUACUCAUGAACUGAAGCCCUACAUUAUAUUUAUUAAGCCAUCAAGCUUGAGCUGUAUGAAGCAGUCCCGGAAAAAUGCUCGGAUGAUCACGGACUACUAUGUGAAUAUGAAAUUUAAGGAAGAAGAUCUGCAGGAGAUGGAAGAGUCAGCUAAGAAAAUGGAAGCUCAGUUUGGUCAGUUCUUUGAUCACGUGAUUGUGAACGACAAUUUGCAGGAGGCUUGCAUGCAGCUACUGUCUGCUGUGCGCCGAGCACAAGAUGAGCCCCAGUGGGUCCCAGCAACGUGGAUAUGCUCAGAAAAUCAGCCAUAAUUAUCAGAGCUAGACAGCUCCACAAAAAUGAUAGUUCGUGUCUCACAGCAUUAAUAAACAUAAUGCUGGGAUUGCCAGAGAGAAUAUCUCAUUCUUUGCAGGGAAUUUUGGAGAGGAUUAGACAAAAAGCUAUUGCAAGAUAAAUUCAUGUUUCGUGUCACAUUCUUAAGGAUUGUAUGUUCAGUAACAUUAAUUUUGUACCCAAAAGAAAUAAUACUGCUUUGUUGUAGUGUAAGAAUAUAAUGGUUAAGAAUAAUAAAAGAAUAUAUUUUGUUGCA